GCCGGCCGAAGGGAGCGCCGCGCGUGGCCGCCACGCGCAACUAAACAUAACCUUUAUAGCUUCAUCCAGAACCUAAACAAAAUAAACCCCCCUGACCCCUUAUGAACAUUUAAACGACAGUGAAACCUGCAACUCCUACGUAACACACAAUUCUAAUAACUACAGAAUAAUGCCGUGAAAAGGUAAAUCAAAUGUUACCAAAACAAAGGUGUUUAUUGAUUCCGGGUUGGAUGUUUAAUAGCAAUCAAGGGUUUUGAAACAUCAGGAAUACAAGAACUGAAAUUCGGGUACACAAAAUGCCGGCAAUCAGAUCCAAAAGCCACAUUACGAGAACUAAAGUUGUACUCAACCGCAGAUAGGUGUGAAAAUAAUGGUCUGCAACAAUAGAUAGGCUACUGCUAUUCCUCUUUUUAUUGAGUCGUUUCCAAAAUCUUCUUCUACUCUAAGUUGCUCUUCCGCUUGACCUUCCAUAGCAAUACCAUUAGUGCAAUUAAAAUAUAUUUACAAAAUAAUUAUAACGUCAUAUUAGUAGGAACCAUAUCGACAAUAUAAAACAGGAAAUUUGUACAAAGUAGUACAGAGUUAGUAAUAUAAAACGCUUCAGAAGCCAUAUCAACUAUUGAUCUGCCUUAUAAGUGACAAAUUUUUAAACUUAGUGCCAAAGAGAGGAUAUAAUAUUAAGUAGAGAUGUCGCACGGAGUGGUGGCGAAGAAUUCGAAGAACGGGAAUGGUGCGCAGGCGCAGACCCCGCCGCGCUCGGAGACGCCGGCGCCGCCCGACGGUGGUUGGGGCUGGAUGGUGGUCUUCGCCUCCUUUAUGGUCCACAUCAUCACCGAUGGCAUGACCUAUUCGUUCGGCAUAUUCUACAAAGAGUUCCUGACCUACUUCGGAGAAGGAAAGGGCAAGACCGCGUGGAUUGUCUCCGUCCUUGUAGGGAUGACUCUCUGUUCAGGGCCCAUUUCAAGCUCCUUCGUAAAUCGUUGGGGUUGCCGUGUGGUAACGAUCUCCGGGGCGAUACUGGCAGCUUCGUUCGUGGCCAUCUCUGCCUUUGCUAGCAACGUGGUCACCCUCAUCAUCACCAUCGGAAUCUUCACCGGCUUCGGCUUCGGCCUCAUCUAUCUGCCCGCAAUCGUCAGCGUUACAGUCUGGUUCGAUAAGAAAAGAAGUCUCGCUACUGGUAUAGCGGUUUGCGGAUCUGGCCUAGGGACUUUUCUUUUUCCCCCAAUCACUGAAGCUCUUAUCGAAACAUACGGAUGGAGAGGAGCUAUGGGAAUCAUUGGCGCCUUCAUUCUAAACUGUGUUCCACUAGGCAUGAUGUUUCGGCCUGUACCUGAACGACGCCCAACCCCAGCAACCGACCCUAUGCUUCCACAAUCAAACAAUACGCCGUUGAUAAGAUCCCAAAGUUCUGAAAAUAUAAAAAGAAGUAACGGUAAUAGCAAAGACACUGACACAGCGAGACUAACACUUUCCCAACCAGCCCUUAAUAAACCACCGGAACAUAAACCUAGAAAAUACGGUAGCGGCAUCAUGGAGAGACCUGAUGUAUUAUACCAAGGAAGUAUGAGCAGUUUAACAAAAUACAGGGCUGCAUCUCCUGAAAGGCAGAUAUACACUUCUUUGCCAAAUAUUGAACAAGAGAAAAUCGUCUGCCACUGCGAUUGGUUACCAUGUUCUGCUGAAUUCAAGAAAGCAUUGUCUAAAAUGCUUGAUUUUUCACUGCUUGUAGAUCCUAUUUUUAUUCUUUUCUCAUUAUCGAAUUUCUUAACCAGCAUUGGUUUUUAUAUUCCAUUCGUCUACAUAGUACCCAUGAGUGAGAAACUGGGUGUGUCAAAUUCCGCUUACUUGAUUUCAAUAAUUGGAGCAGCAAAUUUAAUUGGACGAAUUUUUCUAGGAUAUAUAAGUGAUAAGCCAUGGGUCAAUAGAUUAACAGCAUAUAAUUCAUGCCUAGCCAUAGCUGGCAUAAGCACUGCUUUAUCAAUGGCGUGCUGGGAGUUCUGGGGCUUGGCAAUAUACUCGACAGUUUUUGGAUUCACUAUUGGUGCAUACGUCGGUCUCACUUCCGUGGUAUUGGUCGAUCUGCUUGGUUUGGAGAAACUCACCAACGCAUUCGGCCUUUUAUUACUGUUCCAAGGCAUAUCAUCACUUAUUGGUCCACCACUUGCAGGUUGGCUGUUCGAUACCACUCAGUCAUACGCUCCAGGAUUCUACCUAGCUGGGGGCACUAUCGCAUUGAGCGGGAUUAUCCUGUUCUUCGUCCCCUGCAUUGAACGGCGGAAUAACAGAUGGGCCGACGACACAACCUUGGAACAAAUUUAGCAAAAGGAAUUCCGAGGGACUGCAGAGUACCCGGUCAUUAUACUCAACAGUCCCUCAACAUCGCCGAGUCUCUCCCUUGAGUCGGACACAUAUAGUAACAGGGUAAAAAAUAUAACAAUAAUAGAUGAAGAUAAUUUUUAUAUUAAUGAAAAUAAUAGUUGCGGUCUUGUAAAUAAUCAUGUGGAGUGUGAAUGCGAACUCUGUGAUGAUAUUCAUCAAACUCAUUCCAAAGAAAGUGAGGUUGCAUAUAGAUACAAUUGUUAGUGAUAAAUGGUGCAAUUGGCUAGUUUUAAAGGAAAGUGCCGAUGGUCCUACUUUACCCUAAGAACUACAAAAAAUAUUCAAAAAUAAGAUAUUUAUAAGUUAAGGUAAGUAUAUUAUAAAUAUUGAUCUAUAUAAAAUACUAUGCAAACCUAUUGUGACUUGUUUUGUUUAAUGUAAAAAUGCACGUCCCUCCAUUGCAUUUACGAAGAAAUAUAGGAAAUCUAUUGGAAGAGUGUGCAUUUAUAGAUUGAACUAUCUCUACCGGACUUUGAAUAUUGUCGCACUUCUUGAGCAGUAUUUCGUCGGGCUAAAUUAUUGUACAUGAAGAUAUUUCUAUUGUAACAUAUAGGUAACUAAGUUAUUUAAAGUGAUUUUGGUAUUUGUGUGAUUUACAUUUGCCGCACUAAUCUAGUUUUGUACACUGUUUUCAUGAAGUGCCAUAUUUAUAUUAUUACGACUGCAACACCAAUCGUGUAUAAAAAUACUUCUUGAUAAUUAAAUUGCGCGUAUUGUAUUAAUGUAUGGUUUUCUAUUAAUGGCCUUAAUGUGGACCAAUCAAAGGUAGAUCGUUUGAGGUCCAAAGUGUCCAAACGUAACUAUCUAUCUAAAGUAUAAUCUAAUGCUAUGUGAUUUUGUAGGAAUAAUAAUUAGUACAUAUUUUUCAUUUCAUAUUAAACAUCCUCUUUAAUUUUACAGUUAAUUAGAUGUAAAUAUAUUCCACGUUGUGUUCAGUAGUAUAUUUUUUACAUGUUUUUUUUGCUGGGAUUAUAUUAAAACUGUAGAUUAUAUCUAAUCUAAUUAUGUAAAUACUUGGACUGAUGUAGAUAAACAUUGUAUAUACUAUAUCAUUAUACAAUGACUGUGCUGAAUCGCUAAUAUCUUCGUACAAAUCUAUGUCUCUUUUAUUAUAUUGUUGAACUCUUACGCAUCUGAUGCGGCUGUACAUUGAUGUUAUUACGCGUAUACUAAAUAUUAAAAAUAUUGGAAUUGAAACUA